AGGUCUAAUUGAGUCCAAUUCUUGGUGUUUGUGAUUUUUGCAUUACAUUUUAUUUUAUUUGUAAACUAGAUACACCGUAUUAAGUGUGGAAAUAGGAGUGACAUAAUUAUGUAAUGAUGGUUACAUAAUAACAUAUAGAGAGCGAGUCCCAGGGGGCAGGGUCUGAAAUGGGAAUUCUUCCAAUUGCCUUUGGUAUUCCCACUUCCAUGCCUCCUUUUAAGCCUCUCGUGCCAUUUGCAACUUCUCCCAUUUAAAAGCCACAACCACACCUCCUUAAGCUUAGCUACACACACGCCCAUCCCAUGAUGACGACCACCACGGCGGAAAACGACGAACGGAAAACCGGAAACAUCCCCAACUUGGCCGUCGUCCGAGCAAGCCCCGAAUCCAAACCCACAAACUCUGCAAACAACAAUAACAAUAGCAAAGAACAAGACAGAUUCCUGCCGAUCGCCAACGUGGGAAGGAUCAUGAAAAAGGUGAUCCCCGGCAACGGCAAGAUCUCCAAGGAAGCCAAGGAGACCGUCCAGGAAUGCGUGUCGGAGUUCAUCAGCUUCGUCACCGGAGAAGCCUCCGACAAGUGCCAGCGCGAGAAGCGGAAGACGAUUAACGGCGACGAUAUCCUCUGGGCCAUCACCACCCUCGGCUUCGAGGACUACGUCAAUCCCCUCAAACUCUACCUCAACAAGUACAGGGAGCUUGAAGGAGAGAAGCUUAACCUUCCAAAACAGCCACCACCACCGCAGCAGCAGCUGCAGCAGCAACACCACGUCCACGACCAGUUGUUGCCGCCCACCGCCGCCGCCAACUUGGCUUACAACGCCACCGCUACUAAUGUAUAUUCUCCUUCUCCGGCGACUCUCCUCUCUCACCAUCAUCAACCUUCCUACAUGUCUCCCUCAGAUCAUCAUCACCAUCUUCUUCACCAACAGUUCCCUAAUUUGCCUUUCUCACCACAGAACUCUGUUCAAUCUCAGUUAACUCCACAGGAACAUAUUGAUUCAGUGGGGCAUUGGUAAUGAUAAACAUUACUGCUCUAAUUUUUGGUGUAUUUUUCCUUUCCCCAAUAUAUUUUUUUUUAUUGUUUUUCUUUUCACAUAUAAUGUAAGUAUAUAGUGAGAUCAUUUUU